AUGAAACUCGCCCGUCCAGACGGCGAGCUCGCUAUAUCACGCGCAGCUGCAAAAUACGCUCUCUGCAUGGGUCUAUCCUCUCACUCGAACUAUCCACUCGAGGAUGUCGCCACACAGGGGACCGAGCAGGCGGAGAAGGUGGGGUACAAGGCUCUGUUCCUAUCCGUUGAUGUACAUGUACUAGGCAAGCGUAUCAACGAAUACCGGAAUGAGUAUACCAUUCCGCAUGAUAAGUCGUGGCCGAAUACCCUUAGCCACGGAGGAGAUCACCCGGACCGUACUGAGUACAAUAUGUUCUUGCUGAAAAGCUGA